GACGUCAAACUGCCUUAUGAAUAUUGAUGCGGAGGGAGGCCAGGCUGCUUUCGUAGAGGAGCAGGAGGAAGCAAGAUGGCUGCCCUUUAGGAUUUGUUAGAAAGGAGACGGACCGCCGCCGGACGCCGCGAGGCGAGCGCCCACCGAGGCUGGCAAACCCUCAGCAGCAGAACCAAGAUUAUCUAUGUCCCUUGUUCCUGUUGGUUCCUGUGCUUGGAAGCAGGAGAUGGGUUUAUCUGUAGCCAACAGGACAUGAUCCAGGAGGAGCCUUGAGGGACAGAGCUGCUGGGUUCAUUCAAAGGGCAGCCUCGUGGAUGGCCCCGAAGUAAGCCUGAUGGAACAGGACAGAACCAGCCAUGCUGAGGGCAACAGACUGAGUCCAUUCCUGGUACCAUCACCUUCCAUCUGCCAGAUAGACCCUCUGGCCAUCAAGCUCCAAAAUGGAAGCCCGUUAGCUGAAAGACCCCACCCAGAAGUAAAUGGAGACACCAAGUGGCAAUAUUUCAAGAGCUAUUAUGGAGUGCCCCACAUGCAGGGUACCCGUGUGAGUCCAGACUUCAUACAAGAAGGCAGAGCGUAUCCCAGGUGCUUGCAGAAUGGUGGGAUAAAGCGCACAGUUAGUGAACCAUCUCUGUCUGGACUCCAACAGAACAAGAAAUUGAAACAAGACCAAAAGGCUAACGGAGAAAGAACAAACUUCGGGGAAAGCCAAGGAAGAAGUCCAGGUGAAAGCAGCAGUCAACCAAAUGUCUCCGAUUUGCAUGAAAAGAGAGAAUCUGUGAGCUCUGUAGCCCAAGAAGGUGCAGCUACAGAUUUCAUCCAUGUGCCAACACAUAGCUGCAAUGGGUCUGAGAAGCCAGAGCUCCAGAUUGUCAACAAGCAAGAAGGGAAACAUGACGAGAACAUUGUAUUACUUCUUAAAAACAAGGCAGCCCUAAUGCCUAAUGGUGCUACAGUUUCUGCCUCCUCCAUGGCAAACACUGACGGUGAACUCCUGGAAAAAUCACUGUCUCAAUAUUAUCCAGAUUGUGUUUCCAUUGCAGUGCAGAAAACCACAUCUCACAGAAAUGCCAUUAACAGUCAGGCUACUAAUGAGAUCACUCAUCCAUCGCAUACCUCAGGGCAGAUCAAUUCCUCACAGACCUCGAGCUCCGAGCUGCCUCCAGUGCCAGCUGCGGCUGUGACUGAGGCCUGUGAUGUGGAGAAUGCCAGCAAGCCAGUUGCAGUGCUAGGGACCUGUCCCUUCCAGAAACCAGAACACCAUCAACAGAAGUCAGUUUUUGAGAUAAGCCCAUCUCCUGCAGAAAACAAUAACAUCCAAGGAAACACAAAGCUAUUAUCUGGUAAGGAAUUCUGUUCAGGUUCCAGCAGCAAUUUGCAAGCUCCUAGUGGCAGCUCUGCACAGUAUUUAAAGCAAAAUGAAAUGAAUGGUGCUUACUUCAAGCAAAGCUUGGUGUUCACUAAAGAUUCCUUUUCUGCCACUACCACACCGCCACCAUCACAAUUGCUUCUUUCUCCCCCUCCUCCUCCUCCUCUUCAGCUCCCUUCAGAAGGAAAAGGCGCUAUGAAUGUUGGGGUUUUAGAACGCCAUCACUACCCCAACCAUAGUAAUAUAACCCUUUUAAGGGAAGUGAAAAUAGAAGGUCAGGCUGAUGCAUCAACAUCCCAGAGUUCUAAUCUAUCCACACACACAUCCAACCCCCCACUGGUGUUUCCAGAAGGGCUGCAGAAUAAUUGUUUGAAUAAAAAUUGUAUGGGGGCAUCAGGGACAAUGGCUGUUCCCGUUUGUUCUGAGAAAACAAGAACAAUAUCACAACAUCUCAGGCAAACCCCACAAGAUCAUGGUAGUGGUGGAGAUUUACAGGAUCACCCCCAGCAUUUGAUGAGACAAAAAGAGCAAGCGAUUUUGAAGGGACAAGACAGGGAGCAGACACGAGAUCUCAUGCUUCCAGCACAGCCCUGUCUGAAGCCAGGAUGGAUUGAGUUGAAGGCCUCUCAUUUUCGUCACGCAUCAUCUCAUCCCAAAUGCAGUGAGGCAUCCCUGCACUCAGUCCUACAGUAUCAGUCCAACCCUUCUAAUCCAAUGACCUCCACCCAAUUCACUGGAAAUUCCAAUAUGGCUGGAGGGUUCCCAAGGCAAGCUUACCUCCAGAAAAUGGUGCAUCAUGAGCAGAAGUCACAGAUAUACCAAGUUGAGAUUAAUCAAGGGCAGUCUCAAGGUAUGGUGGACCAACAUCUCCAAUUCCAAAAGCCCUCACACCAGGCGCUCGUCUCUAAGACAGACCUUCCCCCUGAUGCUCACAUGCAGGCCCAAUGUGCCCCUAGAUAUCAUGUUCAGCAAAGAGCAGAUCCACAGACUGAGAAACUCAUGACCCCAUUGUUAAAACAGCAUUUGAAUCAACAGGCUUUGGAGACUGAGCCAUUUUCAAACUCACACCAUUUGCAACACAAGCCUCAUAAGCAGGCAGCCCAGACACUGCCAUCCCAGAAUGCACACUUCCCUCAAAACCAACAGCAGCAGCAGCAAACAUUACAGAUGAAGAAUAAAGAACAAAUGCCUCAGCCUGUUCCUCACCCCCAAGGUAACAAUGAUCAACAAAGAGCAGGGUCAUUCUUCAGCCAGAUUAAAGAGGAAAAACACUUUAGCGGUGAAAAUCAGUAUUCAAAAUCCAGUGAGUUGCAAACUCACAGUACCCAGUUGGAAUUGGAGCAAGUCCAGAAGACCAAGAGUCACAAUUCUCCUUAUGCUCAGAUCUUGAAGUCAAGUGCAAGCCAGGUUUCCUGUUCAAACAGUACCCACCUGGCCUCAGAGACUAAAGAACAAACUAUCCACUCUGAACUCUUUGCAGGAAGCAAGACCCAAAACUUGCAUCACAUGCAAUAUAAUUCAAAUAAUGUGACCCCCAAGCAAGAGGUUCUCCACAGGUGCUUUCCAGAACAAGAGGAGAAGCCUCAUCAGGCUUCAGUUCUCCAGGUCUAUAAAAACAGGAACCAAGACAUGUCUAGACAGGCUACACAGCCAGCUCCACAAAGGUACUUGAUGCAGAACCAAGCUAAGGCAUUCCCUGUGCCUGACCAGGGAGGAAGUCACACACAGACCCCUCCUCAAAAGGAUAUUCAAAAGCAUGCUGCCCUAAGGUGGCAUCUUUUGCAAAAGCAAGAACAGCAGCAAACUCAGGUGGAGUCUUGUCACAGUAAGAUGCACAGGCCAAUUAAGAUUGAGCCUGGAUCCAAACCCCAUGAUUGCAUGCGCCCUACGUCAGCACCACUAGAAAACAGAACAUGGAAGAUCGCAAAGCAAGAGGUUCCCACCCCGAGCUGUGACAGUGUGCAGCCCAAGAGCAUCAUCGAAACCAUGGAGCAACAUCUGAAGCAGUUUCAGGUCAAGUCCCUGUUUGACCACAAGACCCUGAAUCUCAAGUCACAGAAACAAGUGAAAGUUGAAAUGUCAGGGUCAGUCACAGUUCUAUCUCGACAUAUCAAUGCUGCAGAACUUAACAGCCACACCCCAGCUUUAGAGCAGCAAGCAGCGCCUUCCGAAAAGACACCAACCAAAAGAACAGCUGGUUCUGUUCUCAAUAAUUUUUUAGAGUCACCUUCCAAAUUACUUGACACUCCUAUAAAAAAUUUAUUGGAUACACCUGUCAAGACUCAGUAUGAUUUCCCAUCAUGCAGAUGUGUAGAGCAAAUUAUUGAAAAAGAUGAAGGUCCUUUUUAUACCCAUCUAGGAGCAGGUCCUAAUGUUGCAGCUAUUAGAGAAAUCAUGGAAGAAAGGUUUGGACAGAAGGGUAAAGCUAUUAGGAUUGAAAAAGUCAUCUAUACUGGUAAAGAAGGCAAAAGUUCUCAGGGAUGUCCUAUUGCUAAAUGGGUGAUUCGCAGACAGAGCGCUGAGGAGAAGCUACUGUGUCUGGUGCGAGAGCGAGCUGGCCACUCCUGCGAGGCUGCUGUCAUUGUGAUCCUCAUCCUCGUGUGGGAAGGAAUACCCCUGACUCUGGCUGACAAACUCUACUCUGAGCUCACCGAGACGCUGAGGAAGUAUGGCACGCUCACCAACCGGCGCUGUGCCCUCAACGAAGAAAGAACCUGUGCCUGCCAGGGUCUAGAUCCAGAGACCUGUGGUGCCUCCUUUUCGUUUGGCUGUUCCUGGAGCAUGUACUACAAUGGAUGUAAGUUCGCCAGAAGCAAGAUCCCAAGGAAAUUUAAGCUGCUUGGUGAUGACCCAAAAGAGGAAGAGAAACUAGAGUCUCAUUUACAAAGCCUGUCCACUCUUAUUGCACCCACAUACAAGAAACUUGCACCUGAUGCAUACAAUAAUCAGGUUGAGUAUGAGCACAGAGCUCCGGAGUGCCGUCUGGGUCUGAAAGAAGGCCGUCCGUUCUCAGGGGUCACCGCGUGCCUGGACUUCUGUGCUCACGCGCAUAGAGACCUGCACAACAUGCACAAUGGCAGCACUUUGGUGUGCACCCUUACUAAAGAAGACAAUCGAGGUCUUGGAGGGACGCCGGAGGAUGAGCAGCUCCACGUGUUGCCUUUGUACAAGAUUUCGGAUGUGGAUGAGUUUGGGAGUGCAGAAGCUCAGGAGGAGAAAAAGCGAGCGGGCGCCAUUCAGGUACUGAGCUCGUUCCGGCGGAAAGUCAGGAUGUUGGCAGAGCCCGUCAAGACUUGCCGGCAAAGGAAGCUAGAAGCCAAGAGAGCCGCAGCAGAAAAGCUUUCUGCUCUGGAGAACAGCUCAAGUAAGACUGAAAAAGAAAAAUCCGCCUCAACGCGUACCAAACAGGCUGAAAAUGCAAGCCAGGUGAAGCAGCUGGCAGAACUUCUGCGGCUUUCAGGACCAGUCAUGCAACAGCCCCAGCAGCUCCAGAGACAUGCCCAGCAAACACAGCAGCCUGCUCAACACACCUUGACCAGUCACCCUCAGUCCAACUCUGUUGGUUCUUACUCGUCUGGAUCUACCAAUUUAUACAUGAGAAGGCCCAACCCCAUCAGUCCUUAUCCAAACUCGUCCCAUCCUGCAGAUAUUUAUGGAGGCUCCAACCACGUGAGUCUCUAUUCCACCUCCUCUCAAGCUGCAGGCUCAUAUUUGAGUUCUAACCCCUUGAAUGCCUACCCUGGGCUUCUAAAUCAGAAUAACCAAUAUUCACCCUAUCAGUGCAAUGGAAAUGUGUCUGUGGACGGCUACUCCCCGUACCUGGGGUCUUACUCUCCCCAGUCUCAGGCCGUGGAUCUCUAUAGAUAUCCAAGCCAGGACCCUCUCUCCAAGCUCAAUCUACCACCUAUCCACACGCUUUACCAGCAGAGGUUUGGAAACAGUCAGAGCUUUACCUCAAAGUACUUAGGUUAUGGAAGCCAAAAUAUUCAGGGAGAGGCCUUCAGCAACUGUACGGGAAGACCAAACGUGCCCCACAUAGGGACGUUUCCUCCUUACCCCACCCAUGAGAUGGACGGCCACUUCAUGGGCGCUGCCUCCAGGUUACCAGCCAAUUUGAGCAACCCAGCAAAUCCCGAGUGCAAAAACGGUGACCAUCAUCCACCCUCUCGUGUGAUCUCCAAUUACGGUGCAGCUUCGGGCGUGAUGAGCAGCUCUCUUCACGCUCUGAGUCUCCAAAACAAGGAGAAUGGCAUGCUUUCCCACACAGCCAAUGGGCUGCCGAAGGUGCUUCCUGGGCUCAGCCGCGAUAGCGCUGCCUCGGCCCAGGGCCUGUUGAGUGACGCCAACGGUCAGGAAAAGGCGCCUGCAGCCUCAGUCCAGGGGUCGGCGUCUACUGCAGAGGACCAUGAUGUCUGGUCAGACGGGGAGCAGAACUUUCUGGAUCCUGACAUUGGGGGAGUGGCCGUGGCUCCAACUCAUGGGUCGCUUCUCAUUGAGUGUGCAAAGCGCGAGCUUCACGCUACAACCCCCUUAAAGAAUCCGAAUCGGAUAAACCCCACCAGGGUCUCGCUUGUCUUUUACCAGCAUAAGAACAUGAAUGAGCCCAAACAUGGCUUGGCGCUCUGGGAAGCCAAAGUGGCUGAAAAGGCCCGCGAGAAAGGGGAAGAGUGCGAGAAGCACGGCCCAGACCACGUGCCCCCGAAAACGCACGGCAAAAAGGUGAAGCGCGAGCCCGCCGAGCCGCACGAAGCCGCCGAGCCCCCCUACCUGCGCUUCAUCAAGUCCCUGGCUGAGAAGACCGCUUCUGCGACCACAGACUCCACAGUGACCACGUCUCCAUAUGCCUUCACUCGGGUCACAGGGCCCUACAGUAGAUACAUAUGAUGGUGGCCCUUUGGUCAGUAACCUCAGUAGAACAGAUGACCACCAUUCUAUCAGUAGGCUAGCUCUCUGGGAAGUGGAGACAUGUCAUGGUAUUCAUGACAAAAGUGGUGGGGAAAACCUCAGCUCACCAGCAAAAAAAAAAAAAAAAAAGGUAAUAUCUUACCAUAGCACUUAAAGUCCCACUGACUCCCCAGUGGUCACAGAUAAUACCCAGGAAAAAGACCAAAGCAUUCUAUGCAAAAGAAGGUGGGGAAGAAAAUGUUCCACAAUUUACAUUUUCAAACACUGGUUCUAUUAUUCGAUUAGAUAUGUAAAUGUGAUUUUUCCCUCUUACAACUCCACACAUCUGUGACCACUUUUAAUAAUACAGAGUUUGCGUAGUCAUGGAACACAGUACUGUAGUAGUACAGUUGCAGGAAUAUUAAAAUACCAUCUGGUGCUGAAUAUAUAAUGUACUGAAAUACUGGAAUUAUGGCUUUUUAACAUGCAGUUUUUACUGUAAUCUUAAUAUUAACUUAUUUAUCAAAAUAGCUACAGAAAGCAUAAAUGAAUAGCAACAAAACACUGAAUAUGUUUGGGUGUUCUACGAAAUGGUGCUACGAAAAUGGUGUCUUUAAUAGCUGAAAAAUUAAUGCCUUUUUAUCAUCAAGAUGCUGUCAGUGUACUCCAGUGCCCUUGAAGAACAGGGGGACCUUUCAUUCAAGUUUUACCAUAAUUACUUGUCCUUACACAAGCCUUGUUUCUAAAAUGUGGACAUUGUAAAGGCUUCUGGAUCUUGCUCAUCCAGCAGUGUCCUUAUGGGACAAUAAACGUAUAUAUGUACAUAUAUACACACAUUUGUAUAUGUGCAAAUACAUGUAUAUGUAUAAAUAUUUUCAAUGAUGUUUUAGAAGCACUUUGCCUACCGAAGCUAUGACAACUUGAACAAUGUUAAGGUACUGAGAUGUUUAAAAAGAAAACGUUUACUUUCAUCUUAGGAUGAAAAGUUAAAUUUUUUAAGGAUACAAGGAAAGCUUUUAAGGCGUUUUUGCUUUUCAUCCUACAUCUGUUCAUUAGCAGUAUGCUCACUGUUAACAGCCAGUUCCACCCACACUGAGGCUGACUGGAUUCCAGGGAAUGUUAAUCCACAGAACACAUUUCCCGGUGCUUGUGCAAACCGGUGCUCAUCUCACAGGCUACACUGUAAAUCCGUGUUACACACAAUUGUAUGGCGAGUUCAUUGCUUCAGUACGUACAGUUUGAGAACUUUCUGUUAACCACAGGUAAAAGUUGGCUGCAUGCACCACUCAGCAAAGCUGGUUUGGCUCACUUGAUGGUCAGUGUGCUCUUCAGAGAACUGAGUGGCAGUCUGCCUUUGUGUUGAUGAUUAUGUGCAUUGUAUGUUGUCAUUUCUUAGCUUAAGUGUCCUCCUCACCAAGAAGAUUGAGUGGACUGAUACCUGCAUAAGAUGACUGAACAGGGUUUGGUCCACGUGAAUCUGUUGCUUAUAAAGGAAAAAAUGAACAGGCAGCUGGUUUGCUGUGGUGGUUUUAAAUCAUUCAUUUGUAUAAAGAAGUGAACGUUGUAUAGUAAAUUAAAUUGUAAACAAAACUUUUUUAACGCAAUGCUUUAGUAUUUUAGUACUGUAAAAUUUUAAAUAUAUACAUAUAUAUAUGUGUGUGUGUAUGUGUGUGUAUAUAUAUGUGUGUGUGUGUGUGUGUGUGUAUAUACACACACACACACAUAUAUAUGGGAUUGAAGCAAAAUUCACAUCAUGAUGGUGCUACUCAGCCUGCUUCACAUAUAUCCUAAUGUGAGCUAAGAAUAUUCAUCACAGGUUUGAGUGAUGUUCCUACUUGUCAUAUACCUCAACACUAGUUUGGCAAUAGGAUCUGGAACUGAGAGUGAAAGCUUAUUGCAUUGUGUACCACCAUUUUUUCAACCUUUUUAUUAUUAAAAAAAAGCAUACCUUUUCUUCAAUACUUGAUUUCUUAGCAAGUAUAACUUGAACUUCAACCUUUUUGUUCUAAAAAUUCAGGGAUAUUUCAGCUCAUGUUCUCCUUAUGCCAACAUGUCACCUGUGUUUCUGUAAAAUUGUUGUAGGUUAAUAAAUAGAUUCUUUUUUCAGGGAUUUAACCCUUUUGUUGUUGAAUCCCUCCUAUUUUACUUGUACAUGUGCUGAUGUAAGUAACUAAAACUAAUUUUGUAAAUUUGCUGGCUCUUAAUUAUAAAGAAAAGCAUUUUUAAGGAAGAAAAAAUAACAGGAAAAUAGAAUGCACUGAGCUAAUAAAGGGAGACUGUGGAAGGCAGAAGUAUGGCAAGCAGCUGUUGGCCAGAAGCCUUUGGACUCAAUAGUUUUUUAAUCGAGUUCUCUAACCGGACCUAGCAUCCAGACGUGCACAGGGCAGUAGGCCUGUAAAUGCAAUGUGGCUUACUAGCUUUUCAAAUAAAUUCUUAAUCAGUGGAGGCCUCUGGGGUUUUGGGGGGAGGGGGUCAAAUCUUCAUGAUAUUUUGUCCAAGAGUUUUCUCUAGUUCUUGAUUAUUCCCAAGUUCUAAGCAUUUAAAAAUGUUUAUUUUGCAUAUAAACCACAUGAAUUUCAUGUCUUACCUAUCAUAAUGCCAAAUCCAAAACAUUUGGUUACUGCUCGUGCAUUUUGUGAUUCUGACGUAGCCAUCUCUGUCAUUUGUCAAAUUGCUGGCCAACAGGAGCAGGAAGCAUGGUUUGGGUCGGGGGGUGGGUAGAGGUCAGGUAGGAAGAGGGGAAAUCGAAUGGCAUAUUGUAAAUACCAGAUCUAUAAUUGUAAAUAACAAGCCUGCCUCGGGUAGAAUGAACGGAAAGCAGAUCUACAGUUUGCUUAUAUAGGAACAUCAGGUUGACUACAUAGCCAUACUUGAAAAUGCUUUUGAGUGGUGUCAACUUUACUUGAAUGAAUUUUUCAUCUUGAUUGACGCACAGUGAUGUACAGUUCACUUUUAAAGGUAGUAGCUAAAUUGUGUAGGAAACUUUUUGCAGUUUGACACUAAGAUAAUGAACUUCUGUGUGCAUUUUUCUAUGCUUUAUUUUUUUAACUUAGUUUCAUUUCAUUUUCAUGAGAUGUUGGGUUUGUUUAUAAAAUCUGAGGAUGGUUAUAAAUACUGUAAGUAUUGUAAUGUUAUGAAUGCAGGUUAUUUGAAAGCUGUUUAUUAUAUCAUUCCUGAUAACGCUAUGUGAGUGUUUUUAAUAAAAUUUAUAUUUAUUUAAUGCA